GCUGUGCAUCGGCCUGUUCUUAUGUGUAAAGUAAAACGCAGUGUAACGCACUUUGUACGCUUCCUGGCGCACUUUCGGUACAAAUGCCUUGUUUUCUGUGCACUCAGAUUGUCGAUGAAGCAAUCGGCAAUAUAGAAUUCGCGUCGGAGGAGGCCGAUUCAUUGGGCCUGCGAUGCAUCAUCGAGAAACACUUCUGGCUGCAGAUCCCUGCCUCGGGCAGCGGCUAUGUGUGCGGCGCCUGCUGGGAGCAGCUGCUGCUCUUCCACAACUUCUAUUUGAGUGUGGAGCAGGCCCACAAGGCGCUGCAGCAAACGGUUCCGGAGGAGCCGUCUCCCAUAGAAGUUGCUGCGCUCGAGGCACCCUUGGUCAAGAGCGAGCAAGCUGAGAGCGUGGCCGCUAUCGUGAAGCGCCGACGAGGACGUCCCCGUAAGGAGCCUCCGAAGGAUGCCAGCGAGGAAUUGAAGAGCGUGCUGGAGCAAAUCAACCUGAACGAGAUAAAAAUCGAGUUCCCCGAGGCCGAUUUAACCAUUGCCGAUGUGCUGGAGGAUCAGGAGGAGCAUGAAUUCCUUCCCAACGAAUGUAUCAGCGGGGACGAAAAAGAGGAUGAGGAGGAGGAGCAAGGGGAACCCCAGCCGAAGAUAAAGCGAAAGGCACGCGGACGACCAAGGGGACGUGGACGAGUGCGACUAGCGGAGCGGCCCAAUGAAGACGGUGUGCCCAACACUAAGAAGUCGCAGGAGUUCAACGACUUCAUCCGCGAGCACUACAAAGUCCAGUGUCAUAUAUGCAGCUCCCCCAUGGAAGGCUUCUCCGAGAUGCUAGUGCAUGUCCGACGCGAGCACAAACAGCGCGGCUACUCGAUGUGCUGCAACCGCAAGUUCUGGAAGCGGGGGUACCUCGUGGACCACCUGCGCCGUCACCAGGACCCUGAGCUCUUCAAGUGCUCCAUCUGCGCGCGCGUGAUGGGUCACCGCCGCAGCCUGGAGCUGCACAUGCGCAUGCACGAUAUUAAAACGCGCGGUCGCCUUUAUCAUUGCGACCACUGCUCCAAGAGCUUCUACAGCGCCGUUGUUUGCGAGCGCCACAAACUGACGCACGUUCCCCGGGAGCAAUGGCAGGUGAAGUGCACCCACUGCGAGAAGACAUUCCCCACCCAGUACACAAUGCAGCAGCAUGUCAAGCUGGUCCAUUUGAAUUUAUAUGCCAAGAUCUGUGAUGUCUGUGGAAAAUCGAUCAGAGGACGCGAAGCCUUGGCCAGGCACAUGAAGGAGCACACCGGCGCGCCACAGGCAGCGAUUAAGUGCCACAUGUGUGACUCCACGCUAACCACCAAAUACGGUCUUGCGCGCCACAUAAAAAUGAUGCAUACCGCCGAAAACCUGAAACCGAUGCAGUGCCAGUUCUGCCUAAAGAUCUCGCCCAGUCUGCAGGCCCACCAGCACCACAUUAAGUACACCCACAAUACGGCGCGUAGCCAUCAAUGCCCUAUGUGCGAGAAGGCCUUCAAGCGACCAAACGAGCUGAAGGAACACAUGACCACCCACACGGGAGAGGUUUUAUACACUUGUCCCCAUUGUCCGCAAACCUUUAAUUCCAAUGCCAACAUGCAUGCCCACCGGAAGAAGGUGCACCGCAAGGAGUGGGAGGAGAACCGCCACCAGCGGUUCAGUCGUUCUCGAAAAUCGGACACAAUCAUUGCCUUGAGUGUACGCAAGACCACGGAGACUAGGCAGGAUGUCGAGGCAGGAGGUGGAGAAGCGAUUUCAUCACCCAAUAGCCCUGGACCAGAGUGCUAGCGCUAGGGCCCUUCGACCCAAUAAAAACCAAAUGAGACACUAUGGCUGUUGUUGUGAUCAGAGCGACUCGAGGGGUAAACAAUUUGUGACAUCUUUAAUUGAAAACCCUGAUUCGAUGGGAUCAACAGGCUGAAUCCGGUUGUGGUUUCCGCUGGUUUCAGUGAUUUCCAGGACUAAAUUCUUAUAUUACUUAUUUUUAUGGGGACAAGUUAAUUGUAAUCUGGGAAAAAUUUAGUCGUCAGACUAAGGGAAAACUUUUUGAGUGGUUUUAUAACAGAAUAUACAUAGUAUGUACUUUCAAUUUUAUUUUGACUUACACACAAAUAAUUCUAAUUUUGGUCAAAAGUGUGUAACAAAAUAUGUACAAAUUGGAUGUUUAUCAAGAUAUUUGUGUCUAUUUCUUUAUUUUAUGUUUAGGCUUACCUUAUUUUCGUCACAUUUGA